UCAACUCCAAAAACCACGACAGGGAAGUGGAUCAAUGGGAUGAGUUUCCGCGACUAACUCGUCCAAACAGACACUCUACCAUGGCAACAGCGCAAAUUUGUGUCCUGCUCGUUGUCCUCUCCACAACUUUAGCCGAAGACGUUAAAUUAAAAUAUAAAUCCGUUAGCAAACCUGUCCGACUGUUCACUGAGGAGGAACUGCAGAGAUACGACGGCAGGGAGGAGGGACAACCUAUUUACAUGGCAGUAAAAGGAGUGGUGUUUGAUGUCACCAAGGGCAAAGAGUUUUAUGGAAAAGAUGCACCCUACAAUGCCCUGGUUGGUAAGGACUCCACCCGGGCUGUGGCUAAGAUGUCCCUGGACCCAGCUGACCUGACAUCAGAUAUUACAGGCCUCACAGAGGAGCAGCUGGAGUCUCUGGACAGCGUGUUUGAAGGCACCUACAAAGCCAAAUAUCCCAUUGUGGGUUACACAGCGUCCCGUAUCCUGACAGCCGACGGGAGUCCAAACAAAGAUUUCAAACCAGAAGACCAGCCUCAUUUUCAAAUCAAAGAUGAGUUUUAAUCUCAUUUGGCUGUAUUGUUCAAAAUGAGCUACUUUUGGGGUAUUUAGACCAGAAUGAGAGGCUAAAAUACUCAAACUGCUGUUUACAUGAUCUUUUUUAACUGUGAGAGCUCUAAUCUAAACAAUUACGGUGAAGACAUUUCAACACUUUGUGUGUGUAUUUAGUAAUUCAUCAUGCCAUGAUAGGAAUAACUGUUUAGUGGUGAUUGACAAAGAUUAAAUGGAUCCAGAGAUGUUUAAAGACACAACUAUGCUAUCUGAUUAACUUCAAAUAUUUUAGCUUUUCCUCCUAACUUUCUGCCUCAUUGCAAUAUCCAAAGGCUGCUAAUUUUUAUUUAAACAGCACACAAAGAUGUCUACUCUUCCAUCUAAGAAAAACUAAAUCUCAGUGUUUGCAUCAAACUUCUGCAAGUUGCAUAAAGUCAAAUAAAGACAUUAUCUGCAAAUGAUUAAUGCCACAGAUUUUAAUAGUGUUUUGGUUACUUUUUAAACAAACCUUGAUCUUCUUCAAGGUCUAAACUAAUGCCACAUGAAGUUUUUCAUGUACCCAUGGCAUGGAAAUCUACAGUAUCUAGUCUAGUGGUUCUUAACUGGUCUAGAGUCAGGACCCACUACCUCCUUAUUGAUGAACAUUACCCAAAUUUAUUACAAAUUAUUACAAAACAUCAGUCCAUAAAAGGAUUUAUAUUAUAGACUUGUUGACCUUCUGGAAAAUGAUGCUCAUUUAUGCACUCAGUAAUUGAUUGGAGCUUGUUUUGUACAUUUAACUGCAUCUGCUGUUUGUGAUGUGUCAUGGAGCCAUCAGUCUGUGGCAGUGCUGGGAUGUUUCUCUGAUAACAGCCUUCAGCUCGUCUGGAUUGUUGAGUUUGGUGCCUCUCAUCUUCCUCUUGACAUUUCUCCAGAGAUUCUCUGCGAGGUUUAGGUCAGACCAGUUGUCUGGCCAAUCAAACACGGUAAUACCACGGCCAACAAAACAGUUUCUGGUAGUUCUGGCUUCACUGUAGGCAGCUGAUGGAAGCAUGAAGGCCUCUAAAAUCUCCUGGUAGAUGGCUGACAGCAUUGACUCUGGACUUGAAAAAGACCAGUGGACCAAAAGCAGCAGAUGACAUGGCACCCUCAAACCAUCACUGACUGUGAAGACUGACACACUGGACUAUAAACACCUUGGAUUCUUCACCCCUCUGAUCCUCCUCCAGACUCUGGGACUUUGAUUUCCAAAUUAAAUAAAAAAUUUACAUCCAUCUAAGAAUCAGGACUUAGGACUUCUGAGCAACGGCCCAGUUCCUUUUCUCCUAUGACAUACGUGGUUCAGGAUUGGCUUGACACUAGGAACACAACACUUGUAGUCCAUUUCCUGGACUCAUCUCUGUGGUGGCUCUUGAUCUACUGAGUCCAGCCUCAGUCCACUCAUCUGAAAGCUGAGCCCAUCCUUGUUCCUUGUGUUUAUUUUCUUGACACGUUUUCUCUUCCAGUCACCUUUCGAUGAAUCUCCUCUGACACAGCCUCUGAGAACAGCCUGCCCUUUCAGCAGUGACCUUCUGUGACUUACCCUCCUCAUGGAGGGUAAGUCACAGAAUGUCAGCAGUCUUCCUCAUGAUUGUGGUUGUGUGUACUGAACCAGAGUGAGAGACUAAAGGCUCAGAAAACCAUUGCAGAUUAGAUUUUUCCACAACAUUCUAUUAUUUUCAGAUGAAGGACUUGUGAUUUUUAUGAGCUGUAAGCAAAAAACGUCAAGAUUAAAACAAAAAAGUCUUGAUAUAUUUUGCUUUGUGUGUGAUGAACCUAAAAUAUAUAGAAGAUAAACUUUCUGGAAAAAAUGAACUUUGCCACGGUAGAUGCACCUGCAUAUUAUGUUCGCUCACUCUGGUACUGUGACAACUCUACGUUAGUGUUUGUAAAAUUCUCUGAAUCUGAAGUUUUGUGAAUGUUUAAGCAACCAAACUUUAUACUUUUGUUUUCUACCUUGUUUUGUUUUUGUACAGUUAUCAAUAAAGUUAUAGACAUAAAACUU